ACUAGGACGAAAAACUAACUUACCUUGAAUUAUUUUGGACUGAGUAAACGCGACAAUCUUCCUUUUGGCGUCCACUUCCUGGUGUGUCGACGGGUUCCCUAGCAACGCAACACGUGACGGUGACGUCACGCGACCUGGCGGCGUUGUCUCUAUGGCUGCGGGAGACGCCGAGGGUUUUAGCCUGGAAAGAAGCGCUUACGUCACCUUGCACUAGUAAUUUCAGAUAAAGACAGCACUAAGUGUUAGACGGCUGCAUGGACGCUUUAAUAAACAGCAGUUACCGUGUCAUUUUUGACAUUUGAACGUCAUAGUUCCCGGUGGCUUCUUGCUAACAACCACCUAGCUGCUAAUGCUAAGGCUAAUGCUAAGAGACCAAGCUGUGUAGCCAGAAACCAGUGACGUCAUUGGUAUAAAACAGCCCCUCUGUCUGCAAUAGGGCACCUUAUUUUUAGGAUUACAUACAUUUAUACCGCCGUGUAACCUUCUCGAUGUAUCACAAAGAGAAGAGCAUCCAGAUUAAGAACAGCGCGUCUGCGUUGUACAACAACCUGAGCACGCUGCGCAUCGCCCCGCGGCGCCUCACCCACUUCACGGUGGUCCACGCCAAUGUGGUCAACAUGGUCAGCGCGUCCUGGGACGGCCUCAACUUCUCCACCCGCCAGCUGCAGUCCAAGGAGCCCAACGUGGCCACAAGCCCAUCGCUCAUCAUGCAGGCUGCAUUUUGUGUUUUGCCCUCUCGAGAUAUGCUGGUGGUAACUUCCCAAAGAGGCAUCCAGAUGUAUGAAUCCGAUGGCUCCAUCAUGGUGUACUGGCAUGCUUUGGAAACUCCUGAAACACCAACAGCUCAAGCUGUGUUUGCACGAGGGAUUGCUGCCGUUUGGGAGAAUUACAUAUGCGUCGGCUUGUCCACCUGUGGAGUUCUGGUGUUUGACAUUCCCAAUAAAGGCAGUAAUAUCACACUGUCUGAGGUCCUGGAGGAGCACAUGGAGCCCAUCACAGACUUGGCUCCAGAGUGCUCCGGCAGCCAGGAGUGCAUAGCGGACCUGGUCAGUGCAGACGAUGGCGGCACCUUGUGUGUGUGGAAGUCAGGGGAGGAGUUUCAGCUUCUCAACAAGAUUGGCGGAUUUGACAUGAGCUGCUCCUCCGUAAAGCUGUGGAAAGGUACAGUGGUGGCCGGAUACGGAACAGGCCAGAUCCGUCUCUAUGAGGCGGUGACGGGAAUUCUGCACGCUGAGGUCAACGCCCACGCUCGCUGGAUCUACUCGCUGGACGUGGCUCCGUUUUCCGGACUGCUCCUGUCUGCUGCCGAGGAUUCUUUUGUGAGGGUGUGGCACAUUACAGUAACCCCAGAAACCAACACUGUGGAGGUCGCCCAUCUACACAAUGAGUGUGUAACAGACACACAAAUCUGCGGCGCCAAGUUCUGUGACGGCGAUGGCUACGCCUUUGCUGUGACAGGAUAUGACCUCAAUGAGAUUAUCCGAUACACGCAGACAUAGGACAUCACCUUUAUCACGGCUGAGUACAUUGAUAUCAAAACGGAUGUAAUGGGAUAUUUCCGCAGAGUUGUCCAAAUGUAGCGCAGUCAGAAGGUCAGCAGGUAUCGCAUGACGUUUUUUCGUAGAAGCGUCAUAUAUAUAUAUAUAUAUAUAUAUAUAUAU